UUGCCUCCGGACCGACAUCCGAGUCGUAUUUGUCUGUAGUUACCAAAGGCUCUAACAUUGGUGACCUUCAACAGUGGCAACGCAUUGUGUCCUGGCCAAAGCCAGCCGUUAUAAUCUGCCACUAUGUCUUCAAGGCCACCUUCGCCGCCUCUGGGUAAAAAGUACCUCACCAACUCUUUGGAACGCCUUCAAGGAGUACGCGACGAGAUGUCGGACUGGUCCAGCGCGUUUACGCUUUUAGACACCAUGGAAACAUACUUUGACUCCCAUGUCGAUCUCCUCCAGCGAAAACUGCAGAAACAUGGCGACAGGCUUAAGCUGAAGGCAGAAGAGACAUUCAAAAUGCGCGACAUUUCGGGCGACGUGUUGGCGGAGAAUUUUGAACGCGAGUUCAAGAAUUUCAAGCUCAAGAUUUCCACCCGCAUGGCGUCGCUGUCGAACUCAUGGCAGUCGGCAAAGGUCGUUCGGACUCGUGAAAAAGUGUCGUUCUUCUUUGGUGUCAUGUCGCUGUUAUUUUCGGCGCUUAUGUUUGGUCUUGCUCCCCAAUGGGUCCAUAUUGCAUACACCAUCCAAGGCUGUUAUCUCCUACCCUUGCGUGCCUAUACAUAUAAGAAACGCGAUUGGCACUACUUUCUUUUCGACUUCUGCUAUUAUGCCACCAUCCUUAACCUUGUCUUCAUAUGGUUCUUUCCCUCGAGUCCUGCUCUCUUUGUUGCCUGCUAUUGUAUCUCUCAGGGUACUCUCGGAAGCGCCGUUAUAACAUGGAGAAAUAGUCUCGUGUUCCAUGACCAGGACAAGGUCACAUCGCUCUUCAUCCACAUCUACGCUCCCUUUACAUUUACUAUUAUACGACAUUAUUACCCCAACGCAGAAGAACGCUUCCCAGCCCUUGCUGAACUGCCGCAUCUUGAUCGGAUGAAAGCCAUUUUGUUCAGUGGUGGACUUUAUGUCAUCUGGCAACUUUUAUACUGGAAAUUUGUCUUGGUAGAUCGCAGAGCUAAGAUUGAAUCCGGGCAGCGAACAACGUCGUUCUCUUUCCUGUUGAAUGAGAAACGGGGUAUUAUCGGUCGCGCCCUAUCUUCAAUUCCCCAAGGAUACCGCGAAGCGGUGUUUAUGGGUGGCCAACUUGUCUACACCGUCCUGACAGAAGUACCCGCUGUAUUUCUCCUAUACGAUAGCUCGUUCUGGAGUGGCGUGUACCUUAUCCUUAUCUUUUCGGUAAGCGUAUGGAAUGGCGGCGGAUUUUACAUCGAGGUCUUCGGGCGGAAAUUCGAACGGGAGCUUGAAGCCCUGCGGAAGGAACUGGCAGAGACAACAGCUAGGUCCGGUCGAUCAAGCCCGACUAGUGUAAGCCGGACACCCAGUGAGAAUGGUGACACCCUAUCGUCAAGCGACACGACACCAGUACUGUCAUCGGAUAUAUCGUUGCCCCUCGAUGAAUCCUCCUCCGAGUCCAAUGGUGAUUCAAUAUCGUUGUCAUCACCUCAGUCGAAGAAAACUCAAUGAUAAAGGGUCGCUAUGCACCUGCACUCACGAUAUUUAUGACAUGUUAUUUCACACAUAUGAUACAUACAUCUGGGCUGCUUCUGGUCCUUUUACAUACCUGCAUAAUUGUAUAUAUACUGGGCUUGGGUUUUUUAGGAUGAAUGCGGAGACUAGACCUUCUGUUAUACACGCAUAUUAGAGCUGGAGUGAGAACGGGUACAUCUAA